AUGUCUGAUAACGAAACAAUCGACAGGUCUAAACGUCCUCGUUUAGAGGAAGAAUAUGACUCUGAACACGAACGUGAUCACCAAGACGACCGCCACCCAAAAAGGCAAGCAAUUCCUGACCCUGAGACAAAAGCCCCUCAUUUCGUGCCAUGUGAGGAUUCUCCAAAAUCAAAAUCUCCGGAUAUUAAGUCUAAAUCAAGUCAAUCCAACAUCAUCUCUCUUCGUUCACUCGUCAGCAUGAAAGAUGCUGGCUUAAUCAUUGGAAGAGGCGGUAAAAACGUCAGCAAGAUUCGCGAAUCCUCUAUGGCUCGUGUGAACGUGUCUGAUAUUAUUCCUAGUGCUGUUGAACGCAUUCUGACCGUGAUAGGCCCUGUCUCGGCUGUGUCAAAGGCUUAUGCUUUGGUAGCAGAAAAGAUUAUUGAAGAAAGCGCGCUUGCAGAAGAGAACCAGAAUGUUCCACCACAACAGGACAUAACCAUCAAAAUUCUCAUUCUUUCUAAUCGUAUGGGCUGUAUUAUUGGUAAAAGCGGUUCUGUCAUAAAGUCUAUCCAAGAAUCAAGUGGUGCUCGUGUUACUGCAGCAGAGGAACCUUUACCUUUAUCCUCCGAACGUGUCCUCUCCAUUCAUGGCACCCCACAAAUGAUUGAACAGGCAGUCAAGCGUGUGGGGGAUAUUUUGAUUGAACAAACUACGCAACCUACGGGCUAUACACUCUAUAAACCUAUCCCUGGUGGAGCCCAGAGCUAUAGUAAUCACAGCAGCUCAGGUUCUCAACGAAGUACAUCACGUCGUCCUCAUGAUAAUAAUAUGAAUUCUGCUGCUGCUGUAGCCAUGAUGGGAUACGCUGGUAUGCUGCCUGUCAACGGCAUGUCUGUCAACGGUCUCUAUUAUCCCUCUAGCUAUCCUGGAACGUCUAAUGGGAGACAGAAUGACUACCCAUUACCUAUCAUGCCUGGACUGUCAGGAAUAGGAAUGGGAAAUAUGCCUGGAUUUAUGCCACAUACGACACAAUCUCAGCAAAUAUAUAUACCUAACGAAAUGGUUGGCUGUAUUAUUGGUAGAAACGGAAUGAAAAUCAAUGAAAUCAGACAGACAAGUGGAAGCCACAUCAAAAUUGCGGAUCCUAGAGACGAUAGCCGUGAAAGGCUCAUCACGAUCACAGGCACUCCUGAAAGCAACCAGAUUGCCCUUUAUCUGUUAUACUCUCGUCUUGAAGCAGAGCAAAGACGUGUUGGAACAAGAUAUAAUGAUUCCCAAAAAUAA